AUGCGCGGCCUCCUCCCAGAGAGGCGGGCUCGCGUGGUUGGGGGGGGCGUGGGCGCCCCGGACUCGCAGAGGGCGCGGCCCCGGGAUCCCCCCCUUGAGGGUGCCAGGAGUCGGAGAGGGCGCCUGAGACUCGACAAGCUGGACCCCCUGCUGCCGGGGGGCGAGCGCAUGACCCCCACCUUCCCCGCCCUCGCGCUGCCUCUGUCCCGGGCGCGCGGCCACCCAGUGUUGCACAAACCCGCGCGUCCUGGCCGCCCCUUUGUACACACCGCCGCCGAAGGAGGCUCCGAGGGGGCGCAGCCUCAAGCCCUGCAGGAGGAGGGAGUCGGCGUCCGGGAAGAACCUGCACAUCUGGCGCUCAGCGAGCGCCAUCUAGGAGCGCCUGGGCGCGGGGCCGACUCCUGUCCGGGUUGGGCGGGGGACAUUGGGGUUUCCAACCUGAGUUUGGAACUAGCCAGCCCGCCGGCAGAGCUGAGCCACCUAGGAACCAAGACAAUGCAGCAAGCAACACAGCUACAGGUGUCACCCAGUGGGCAAAGCUCCUAUCAGCCCGUCCCCAACCUCCAAGACAAAGCAGGGAUACUGCGUCCACAGCCCUGGCAUGAGCCACCUGCAUCCAAGGAGACCCUUCUGCAAAAGCCAGACAAAGACAAGACUGCGGCUCAUCAUAUCCCAUGCCUCCGGGCUGUGGUGGAGAGACAGGCCUUCGAGAAUGUCCUGGUGGACGAAAUGGACAUGAUGCUGUUCCAUGCAGCCACCCUCAUCCAAGCCAACUGGAGGGGCUACCAGCUCCGGCAGAGGCUAAUCUCUCAGAUGAUGGCGACCAAGGCCAUCCAGGAGGCCUGGCGACGCUUCAACACCAGGUGCCUCCUCCAGUCUGGCAAGGCGGUGGAGAAAAAAGCGAAGGUGGAGGAGGGGGACAUCCCUUACCACCCGCCCCAGCAGGUGCGGUUCCAGCAUCCGGAAGAGGACAAGUCCCUUCUGGCCCAGCCCACCAUGGUGAGCAAGGAGACCCAGUUUCCCUCCUCCAACAGCCUGGCCACUUAUACCCACCAGCUGGCCCUGCUGCAGGCCCAAGGCAUGUCACAGCCGGGUACGUGCUCUGUCGGAGGCCCCAGCGUUGCCUUCCUUCCACACCAGACCGUUGCCAUCAGACUUCCGUGUCCUGUGAGUCCAGAGGCGAAGUGCCGCCCAUGCCUGCUGACAAGAACUGUCAGAAAUGCCUGCCUUGUCCACGUAGAGGGGGACACGAUGAAGACCAAGCAAGUAACUGCCAGAGCCAACAAGGCAGGAGCCCCAGGGCCACCACCAUCCAGAAGGUGUGCCCAGGCAGUUCAAGGAAAACUCAAGGUCAAGACCCAGGCCCACAUGGAAGCAGAGACCCCACCCCAGCUCUGCCCAGCGACCCCAGUGACCAAGACCUUAGUUCAAAUGAGACCAUCAGCCUCGAUGACCAACACUUCACCCCAGACACGACCAGCAGCCAUGAUGGCCAAGAUCCCACCCCAGUCAUGCCUGUUGCCCUCGAUGAUCAAGUCUCCAACGCAGACACGCCCUGCAGCCACAAUGACCAAGGCCCCGCCCCAGAUGUGUGCAGUGCCCGUGAUGGCCAAGACCCCACCCCAGGUGCGCCCGGCAGCCACGAUGACCAAGACCCCAUCUCAUCAGACACUCCAAGGCGUCUCGGUGACCAAAGGUCCUCCUGCCCAGACACGCCUGGCGGCCAUGGUAACCAAGACCCCAGCUCAGUUAGGCUUGGUAGCCACCAUCCUCAGGACCCUGUUCCUGCCCCCUCCAGCAGCUAGAAAUCUCAAAUGUCCAUCUUCAGCAGCGGCGGCAGCUGGAAUUCCUGACACCUCAUCCCACACAUGUCUAAGUGGACCAAAGGCCAAGGCUGUGGUGAACGCGAGGCAGGCAGCAGGGCUGACCAAGGUCUCACCCCACUCAUACUUGACUGAGAGAAAAGUGAAAUGCUUUGCCCCAUCACAUCUGGGGGCUGGGGAUCCCAAGGCUACAGCCAGGCCUCCUUCGGAAGGUGAGAAAAUCAAGGCCUUCUCCCAGAAACAGGUGAAAACGGAAACAGCAUCUAACAUCAGUGUGGCCAUGGAAGUGCCAGUGGUUUCGUCCUGGUCAAAAGUGGCUGGAGACAGGAACAAGCAGACACACCUGAGGACGGAUGUCGUGAAGGCCCUAUCCCAGGCACAUGUUUCUACCAAGCUGACCAAGGGCCCGUCCCAAGGACAUCCACCCCCUGGGCUGACCACAGCCCUAGCCCAAUCACAUCUGGGCAUGUGUCUGUCCAAGGUGCAGUCCCAGGCACAUCUGCCCACCAAGCUGACCCAGGCACAGUCCCAGGCACAUCUGGCCACAGAAACAGCCAAGAGCCUCCAUGCAGCCCGCCAGGCCGCUGAGCUCAGCAGCAAGACCCAGUCCCAACCACUCCUAGUCGAGUUCAAGGCCUCCACCCAGCCCUGCCAGCACGUCGGCGCUCUGCCCCGAGCCAAGCCAGAGGACAGACUGACCCAGCUCCUGUCCCACAGCUACGUGCAAGGCAAGGCCACCCAGGGCCCACGCCAGGGGGUCUCUGAGGGCCAGAACACUCUGGUGCCUCUGCUGGCCUCUGCUGGACACACCACAUGCAAUGUCGAAUCCUGGGGGGACAGGGCCCAGCCGUCAACAACCAGCCCAGCCCCGCCCUGCCAGGAGGAGCUGGCAGCCUCCCAGCUCGCUUCCCUAUGUGCUGAGCUGGCUGCCCUGCUGGGCUCCCAGGAGAACCUUCGCGCCCUGCUGGCAAAAGCCCUCUCCCAGGGGGAAGUGAGGGCGGCCCUGGACCAGGCCCUGUCCAAAGAGGUCUUGGGAGCCACGAUGGCCAAGGCCCUGCCCCAGGGCAUCCUGGGCACGGCGCUGGUGAAGGCGCUGUCCUGGGGCAAGCUGGCCACCAGCCUGUUCUGCGCCCUGUCCCGGGGCGAGCUGCUGGCAGAGUUCACUAAGGCCAUUCAGGGCAGACUGGUGGACGUGCUCAGCAAGGCCCUGACGGAGUGGGAGCGGGCCAUCUUGAACCAGGCCCUGUGUCAGGGUGAGCUGGGCACAGUCCUCAGCCAGUCUUUUUCUCAGGUGGCCCUGAGGUCUGGAGUCACCCUCCCCAAGGCUGCCGCGAAAACAGCGGGAAGCGGGGUGACUGUGAUGCUGACCCCAGUGGAGGUGGACUGCAAGGGGAGCCCGUCGGCUGCAUGGGGGCCCACUCUGGGCCCCAUGAGACUACAGCCCAGCAAGGGUCCUGAGGAUGCUGGCGUGUCUGGAAGCCAAGAGUGGAACUCUGCUAUCCCCAGUGUAGCGGUCGGGCCCAGGAACAGCACUGCGGUCCCUGGCGGCGCGUGGGAUGUCAUGGCGGCGGUGGAUCCCAGACAGCCGGGGGAGCUGGUGGCGUCGGUGCAGGCUGUGGAGGAGAUAAUCAUCCAUGCGGUGGUCAUUAUCCAGGCGUGUACACGUGGCUUCCUGGUGCGCCAUACCAUCAAGCUGUGGCAUCAGUGGGCCGUCACCAUCCAGGCUGCCUGGCGUGGCUACCGUGUACGGUGGGACCUGACCCGGCUCUGCAGAGCCGCCACAAUCAUCCAGGCUGCGUGGCGAGGCUUCUGCAUCCGCUGGAGCUGCACCCAGCAAAUGCUGUUCCCAGGCAUGUGGGCUGAGAUGGGCAGUGGGGCCAGGACAACGUCUGACCACCGCUGCUUCCAGUCCUGCCAGCCACGUGUCUGUAGUCUCUGCCAGUCACUGAGCUCCGAGCUGGGGAGCCCACCCAGCGUGGUAAUGUUUGUGGGUUCCAGCUCCCGCAAAUGUCACAUAUGCGGCCAUACCCUGCCCACCCGGGUGCUACAUGGCACGGGCCAGGGUGCUGCAGGCCAGGCCAGCAUGCCACGGGGCUGCAUCACCCAGUCAAACCCCCGGAGCCCCUGGCAACCCCAUCACCAGAACAAGGCAGCCACAGCCAUCCAGUCAGCCUGGAGGGGCUUCACUGUACGCAACCGGCUGAAGCAGCAGCAGUUAGCAGCCAAGAUACUUCAAGCCACCUGGCGCAGCCAUUGCACCCGGGCCUCUCUCACCACGGAUGCGCUCUUGGGACCAGCGGCGUGGGACAACGUUCACAGCACAUGCAGUGGUGUCUAG